GAUAGGUCGACUGCGCGCUGCAGCCCUAAGCCCUAUUCCUAAUUCCCUAUUCCCAAUUCCCAUCCAUCAUCCAACAUUCAUAAUACUCUUCACUGCCAGCCAGUCACUAUAUCUAUCUAGCGAUCCAGCUAACAGCUAAACCACCAUCAAAAUGACCCACAAAUCCCUUCUCUCCACCAUCCUCACCCUCCUCUCUCUCUCUCUAAUCGCCCUCGCCACCACCACCACCACCUCCUCCUCCAUCCCAGAAACAGACUACGAUGUGAUUGUCGUAGGCGGCGGGCCCUCUGGCCUCAGUGCCCUGAGCAGUCUGGCGCGAGUGCGUCGCCGCGCCGCCAUCUUCGAUUCGGGCGAGUAUCGCAACGCCCCGACCAGGGAGAUGCACGAUGUUAUUGGGAAUGACGGAACCCCCCCCUCCCAAUUCCGCGCCCUCGCCCGCACCCAAAUCCAGCGUUAUCCCAGCGUAUCCAUUCACGACUCCAAAAUCGUCUCGAUCGUGUCAUCGUCGCCCAACACCAACCCCAACACCAACACCAGCACCUCCAACUCGAAUUCCAACUUCAUCCCCACCUUCCACGCCACAACCUCCACCGGACAAACCUACACCGCCCGCAAAAUCAUCCUCGGAACAGGCCUCGUCGACCUCCUCCCCGCCAACGUCCCCGGGCUGCUCGAUGCCUGGGGAAAAGGCAUCUGGUGGUGUCCGUGGUGCGACGGGUGGGAGCACCGCGACGAGCCGCUGGGUAUCCUCGGCAGUCUGGUCGAUGUGAUGGGGAGUGUGUUGGAGACGCACACGUUAUAUGACGACGUGGUUGCGUUUACCAAUGGGAGUGAUACGCUGGCGAACCGCGCCACUCUCGAACAGAAGUACUCGAGUUGGGAAGCAAAGCUGAAGGCAUGGAACGUGACCAUCGACGAUCGGCCCAUCCACUCUAUUGAGCGCCUGCAAGACGGUGAUGGGGUUGAUGAUCAUGAAGAUCAAGAUUCCCAGGGAAGAGUCUUCGAUCUCUUCCGGCUGCAUUUCGUCGACGGGAGCACGGUCGAUCGGGGCACCUUUAUCACCAAUUAUCCCACCGCGCAGAGAUCAGACCUGCCCGCCCAGCUGGGCAUAAAGAUGGAGGAUGGGAAGGUCGAUACCUCCGAUUAUUCGGGCAUGAGGACCAGUGUUUCGGGCGUUUUUGCCGUCGGGGAUUGUAAUUCGGAUGGGAGUACCAAUGUGCCUCAUGCCAUGUUUAGUGGGAAGAGGGCGGGGGUUUUUGUUCAUGUGGAAAUGUCCCGCGAGGAAUCCACCGCCGCCAUCUCCAAGCGCGAGCGCGACUUCGAUCGACGCGCCCUCGAGAAGCAGACCGAGCGGAUGGUCGGCGAUGAGAUGGAGGUGUUGUGGAAGAGGGUGCUGGAGAUGCAUAAGUACUAGGAUGUACGAUUGUCUUGUCUUUCGGG